AAAUUGUACUAACAACGCCCGCUAGUGUCGAAUGUUGAAAUUCACUAAAGGUUCAAUCUUAAGUGGAAUGUUUUUUAUUGGUAACAGAUAAAAUCCCGCCAAAUCCGUAACAAUAUAUUAAACCUAUAUGUGAAAACAUCUAUUAAUAUUAAAUUUUGUAAAUAAUAAUUAGAUAUAGUAAAAUAAAAAUAUUAUUAAUUUAUAUGCAGCGAAUAUUUUAAAAAUUUUACAUUUAUAACAAGCUAAUAUCAUAAAAAUAUUUACUACUAUUGAAAAAUUUUAUAUUUUAUAAAUGUCAGAAGAAGAUUUACUUAAUUGGACAGAUUUACCAAGAGAAAUUGAAGAUGAUUUUAUUUCAAUUAAAGGAGACUAUGAUUAUCCAUUAUAUUUAUCUGAGAAAGAAGAAUGGAUCAAUUAUAAAAAUAUUGAAAAUAAAGAAGAUAAAAUAAAAGUUUAUGGACCCUUUUUAAUAUGUGAAUUAAAUAGAUUCGUACCUUAUUUUGAAGGUAAAAUUAUAAAAUUUCAUCCUCUUAAUAUGCCUUAUAUUAGAAUAGGAAAAAUUAAUAUAAUGGGAUUUGUAGUAUGUAAUUCUGAAGAUGCUAAAUGUUAUCGGUAUCAAGUUGAUGAUGGAACAGGAACUAUUACUAUUUUUUAUGAUAAAAAGUAUUUUGCAAAAAGUGUUACACAAAGAAGAAUGAUUGAUAAAAAGUAUUAUAAUUUAUCAAGUAACGUAAAAGAAAGCAUGAAAAUAUUAAAAAAUCAAAAAUGCCCAAAAAAAUUUCCAAAUCCAAGACCAAAAUUUUUUUAUCCUCCUAAUACAAGUAUACAUGAUAUGGCUAUUUUUGAAUAUAACUGGUCAUUGGAAACAAAUAAUGGAACAUUAGGUGAAGAGAUACAACGUUGUAAUUAUAUACAUGCAUUAGGUUAUUGUACACUUGAUUUUUUGCAUAAAAAUAAACCAAAGACAGAAAUUACAUUUACAGACAUAUCCCAUGCGAAAAUAAAUUUCAUUGCAACUAGAAUUAUGUGUUUAACUGAACAACAAUAUAAUAAAAAGUUGCUUUCAUGGAUUUACAAUAAUGUCAGAAAACGAUAUGAUGAACAUCUAAAUGAAUCCUUUUCCAAAUCAUAGAAAAAUACAAAUUUAGAAAUUUAAUAUUAUAAUACUAUAUUUUUUAAAAGGUAGAGUAAGGAAGAAUUAAUAUGAUAUUCAAAAUGUCAUUAAAAAAGCGUUUAUUUAUGAUGAAUGCUUCAAUCAUAUGUUUAAUCUUAAAAAAUUUUUAUCUAUUAAUUGAAUAAGAAAUUUAUAUAAUAUUUUAUAUUAUUCUAGUGAUUAUAUAGCAACUUUUGCAUUAUUGUAUUGUAUUUAAAGUAUAAGGUUUUUCUUCUUUUAAUAAAUGCUCAAUUAUAGAUUAUUUCAAAUUGUAAUAUAUUUACAUAUAAGUGCAAAUUUUAAGUAACAGAAUUAUUUAUAUCGUUUAUGUUAGUUGUAGCUGCAACAUUAUCAGCUACUGUAUCAUUAACUAAUUUAUUAUUUGUGACUAGUUCUGGUUUAUGUGAAACAAUUAUUAGUUUAUGAUAAUGAUAUCCAAUUAAAGGCAAAUAUGGAGCUAUUUCGCUUGGUUCUAUAAAAAGUGAUGGUGGAGCCUAAAAA